AUGGUGCAGAACGUCUUCGCCGUUCCCGUUUUCUUCAUCGUGUUCCGAGAAUGCCUCGAGUGCACAAUCAUCAUAUCGAUUCUGCUGGCAUUCCUCAAGCAGAGCAUCGGUGGUCCCAACAGCGACCGCACAGUGUACAAGCGACUUCUCAGGCAGAUUUGGUGGGGCAUCGGCUCAGGCCUGUUCAUCUGUCUGGCCAUCGGCGGCGGAUUCAUCGGUGCCUUUUAUGGCCUCAAAAAAGACUUCUUCAGAAAGUCCGAGGACAUCUGGGAAGGUGUCUUCGGCCUGAUCGCGUCCAUCAUCAUCACCGUCAUGGGCAUCGGUCUGCUGCGCGUCGCCAAGCUCCAGGACAAGUGGAGGGUCAAGAUUGCGCAAGCCCUUGAGAAGCACCAUACCGGCGAAGGACUAGGCAUGAAGUCGCGCUUCAAGAUUUGGUGCCAGAAGUACGCCAUGUUCUUGCUCCCCUUCAUCACGGUGCUGCGUGAGGGGUUGGAAGCCGUCGUCUUCAUUGGAGGAGUCGGACUCAGCUUGCCAGCUGCGUCGUUCCCUCUUGCUGUCAUUUGCGGUUUGUUGGCAGGAUGUGCCAUCGGCUACCUCAUCUAUCGUGGUGGCAACACCGCCAAGUUGCAGAUCUUCUUGAUCGUCUCCACGUGCUUCCUGUAUCUCGUUGCUGCCGGGCUCUUCUCCAAAGCAGUUUGGAACUUCGAGAUGAAUGCAUGGAGCAAGAUUACCGGUGGCGAUGCGGCCGAGACUGGAUCUGGUCCGGGCUCCUACGACAUCCGCAAGAGUGUCUGGCACGUCAACUGCUGCAAUCCGGAGACCAACGGCGGCGGAGGCUGGGGAGUAUUCAAUUCUCUCUUCGGCUGGACCAAUUCUGCGACAUACGGCUCGGUCCUCGCGUACAAUUUGUACUGGCUUGCCGUCAUCGUUGCUUUCGGGUCUCUCGGAUUCUACGAGAAGCGUGGCCACUUCCCGCUCAUGAAGCGCAAGGCGUCGACCAGGGACGAUGAGACUAUGGAUAGUGACCAGACCAGCCAGGAUCGUGUCGAGGACGAGAAGAAGGCUGCCAGUGUUGCAGUUACGCACUCCAGCAAUGUGCCUGCUUGA